AUGGCUAAACUCAAGAUCAGCGUAUGUUUGUUGGGACACUUAUUUUCUGGAGUCAUCUCUGUACUGGCAGGUGUUUCCUAUGGCCAGACCAGCAGUGAAUGCCCACAGUUGUGCGUGUGUGAGAUCCGACCUUGGUUCACUCCGCAGUCUACUUACAGGGAAGCUAUUACUGUGGAUUGCAAUGAUCUUCGGUUAACUCGCAUUCCAGGGAAUCUGUCCAGCGACACCCAGGUCCUGCUUCUUCAAAGUAACUAUAUUGCACGGACCAGUGAGGAACUCGAGCAGCUCUUCAACCUGACUGAGCUGGAUCUUUCACAGAACAACUUCAGUAGCAUACGAGAUGUUGGACUUACCAAUAUGUCUCAGCUAACCACCCUGCACCUAGAAGAGAACCAGAUUACAGAAAUGCCCGAUUUUUGUCUUCAGGAUCUCAGUAAUCUCCAAGAACUUUACAUUAAUCACAAUCAAAUCAAUACAAUCUCGUCCAAUGCUUUUUCAGGUCUGCAGAACCUACUCAGGCUGCAUCUCAACUCCAACAAGCUCCAAAGCAUCAACAGCCAGUGGUUUGAAUCUACACCCAACCUAGAGAUUCUUAUGAUUGGGGAAAAUCCUGUCACUGGAAUUGUCGACUUUAAUUUUAGAUCGCUGGUUAACCUUCGGAGUCUUGUUUUGGCUGGAAUGGAAUUAACUGAUGUUCCUCCAAAUGCUUUUGUUGGGCUUGACAAUCUUGAAAGUCUUUCAUUCUAUGAUAAUAAUCUAGUUAGAAUUCCACAAAAAGCUCUACGGAAACUACCCAACCUCAAAUUUUUGGAUUUAAACAAAAAUCCUGUGCACAAAAUUGAAGAAGGUGAUUUCAAGAACAUGCUGCAGUUAAAAGAACUAGCUAUCAACAACAUGGCGGAACUAGUUUCUAUUGACCACUAUGCUUUGGAUAAUCUCCCUGAACUUACUAAAUUGGAAGCUACAAACAACCCAAAGUUUUCCUUCAUAAACCGCCAAGCAUUCCGUGACGUUCCAGCCUUAGAAAGUCUAAUGCUCAAUAGUAACUCCUUAAAUGCCCUGUACCAGUCCACUGUUGAGUCACUUCCUAACCUUCGUGAGAUCAGCAUUCACAGUAACCCACUGCGCUGCGACUGUGUCAUCCAGUGGAUGGGAUCAAAUUCAACAACUGUUCGCUUCAUGGAACCUCUCUCCAUGUUUUGUGCCAUGCCUCCAGAGGUCCGAGGUUUGCAUGUGAGGGAAGUAGUCCAAAAGGGGCUAGUGAACCAGUGCUUGCCCAUGAUCGCACAUGAUACCUUCCCUAGUCACCUGAACCUGGAUAUUGGUGUGACUGUAGAUUUAGAUUGCAGAGCCAUGUCACAGCCUGAGCCAGAGAUUUACUGGGUGACACCGAUGGGGAACAAAAUCAUGAUGGACAUGCUGUCUGACAAGUACAGCCUCACCACUGAGGGAACUCUCAGGAUCACAAAUAUCCAAGUGGAGGACUCAGGCAGGUACACCUGUGUGGCUCAGAAUUCACAAGGUGCGGAUACUAGAGUAACGGCUAUACAGGUAAAUGGCACUUUGUUAGAUACCACUCAGCUUAUGAAGAUUUAUGUCAAGCAGACAGAAUCUCACUCCAUAUUAGUCUCCUGGAAAAUCAAUUCAAAUGUCAUGACCUCUAAUCUCAAAUGGUCCUCUGCCACCAUGAAAAUAGACAACCCUCAUAUCACGUACACCGCCAGAGUCCCUGUGGAUGUCCAUGAGUACAAUCUCACUCAUCUACAGCCAGCGACAGAGUAUGAGGUUUGUCUCACUGUAUCCAAUAUCCGCCAGCAGAUGCAGAAGUCCUGUGUUAAUGUGACAACAAAGCAGGCUACUUUUGCUGUGGAAAUCUCUGUCCAUGGCACAAACACAGCCCUGGCAGUUGUCAUGGGGACACUGUUUGCUAUCAUCAGUUUGGCCACACUGGGUGUAUACAUUGCCAAAAGGUGGAAGAGGAAAAAUUAUCAUCAUUCCUUGAAAAAGUACAUGCAGAAAACCUCAUCAAUACCACUGAAUGAACUGUACCCUCCUCUGAUUAACCUGUGGGAGGUGGACAGUGAAAAAGAGAAGGAAGGCUCAGCAGAGAGCAAACCCAGCCAGGUGGACACUACACGCAGCUACUACAUGUGGUAG